UACGAGCUGCCUCGAGCUGUCAGUGCCGCACCAGCCGCCCGCACUGCCCGCCCGGUGCCUCCCGGAGGGCGGCUGUGAGCGGCCUCGGCUGCUUGGUGCUUGGGGCAGCAUCGCAUAGGGAGGAGUUACUGAGGCCAAAUUCAAAGUCACAGUUGAGGCUUAUAGAUAUGUAAACACAUAUAUGUGAUUACACGUGUAUUUAUAAAGGGGAUUUUGAGGCCGUCAAAAUGAGAAACCAAGAAAUUUCGGCUUGCGUCAGGAAUGUUUCUUACACAAAUGUGCAGCUCUGUGCAGGCUGUGAUGCUGCAGAUGGAUCCCAGUGCUUUGGGAAGAUUAAACGUGAUCUCACCGAAGACAGAGACCCCCAGGCUGUGCCCCCAGCCACAGGCCUGAAGGCACAGACCAUGCACAGCACACUAAAUCCAACGGAGGAGCACUGUACAGAGAGAUCAGUGCUUGCCCAGCCAACAUUUAUGUUCAGAAUGAAGGACCGCCCUUUGAAGCGGCCUGCUGAAGAUCCAGUUUGCAAAGCUGAAAAUGAUUUCAUCUGUUCUUCCAAAAAACGUGCAAGAUCAUCAUCUUUUGCUUUCCAGAAGUCCAUCUCAGAGUCUAAUACAGAUACAAUGCUUGCUGAGAAAAGAGGAAGAUCAUCUUCCUUUACCAUUCUUCCUAGGUUCCCUCCCUCCCGGCCAACAAAGAACAACAUAUUCAUGACCUCAGCUCUUCUUCAACGAAACACUGACAUUGAAAGUACAAAAGAAGGAUCCUUGUCAGAAAGUCAGUUGCGGAAUGUCAUUAGACCUGCCAUUUUACAACCUCCACAAGCCCUGACCUGUUCUGAAAAUCCUGUAGUGUCUCUAGUGACUAAGAAACAAGCACAUAUUCAGUUAUCUGAAGACAACUCUUAUUCCUCAUCUGAGAAUUCAGCAAGUUCCAAAACAGCAGUGAAGUCACCUAUUACUGUGAAUAUUUCUAGCACUAAAACAGCACGAAGUCAGUUAGAAGACAGAAGUGUUCUAGGAAGUGGCAAUUCUGGUUUUGUGUUUGGAGAAAACAUGGUUGAGAGAGUUGUGAGCCCUGAAAAGCAUUCCAUGACAUGCAAUGAAGCUGAUUCAUACAAAAGAGAAACGUCUCCUUACAUAGGAUCUUUUCAUGUGACCAGUAAGCAUACUCAACAAAAAGAAACAGCUUUGCUGAGGAAUGUAACACUGACUGAGGCAGCAGCUGCUCAUAUUUCCAAGCCAGGGGAGAAAAUCCUGUUAGAUAAAGUUGAAGUUAUAACUGGAGAAGAAGAAGAACACAAUGUAUUACAGAUUAACUGCAAGCUCUUCCUAUUUAAUAAACUUUCUUCAGUUUGGAUUGAGAAAGGCAGAGGAUACCUGAGGCUUAAUGACACUUCCAGCAAUGAAUGUGGAAUGUUGCAAUCGAGGCUGAUUAUGCGAAAUCAAGGCAGCUUGAGACUGAUUCUCAACACCAGACUCUGGGGUCAAAUGGUGAUAAAAAGAGCAAACAGUAAAAGCCUGUGUUUCACUGCAACAGAUCAAGAGGACCACUCCAUUCAAGUAUUUCUAAUUCAGGCAAGAUCAAAAGAUGCUGGAUAUCUGUAUGCAGCAAUACAUCACCGCCUUGUGGCACUGAGAAGCUGUUCUGAGCAAGAAUCAGAUGCUAAUCAAAUAGACACAGAGUCAGAAACAGCUUUUCAGCUAUUAAACUGUGACAGUGAUGAAGAUGAUGAAAAAAUAACUCAAGUGAGCAACAGUGGAUCUGAUCAUUCUAGAUGGACCCGCAGGCAGCCUGUAGUCUGCUCAUGACAUUUACCACAGUUUACAACUGAUUGCUGAGGACUCAUCUUCUCAGAAUGCCAGAGAUGCAUCAGGAGCUGGAAGAAGGAAAUCAGAACAAUUUUGCUUUAUGACUUUUAAGCAAAGUUUAAUUUUAUAAACAGUUUACGUUCAGUGCAUUGGGAAGGAACACAAGAUGCAGUCUGAAGGUUCCAGUCAGCCUGCUUUGCACAGAGAUGAGAAUAACAUUAUGGCUCCUAGUGUUCAAGAACUGUUAAAGUAGCUUCAGAUUUUAAAAUUAAAUAUACUUAGAUGCAUUAUUAAUUUAAGGACCUUUAUAGGGAAUCUAUGUUUAUUCAUCAUCUUGAUGGGGAAGAAAACAAAACAAAACAAAACACCAAAAAGAACACACAUAACCAUUAAAUAAUAGCACACCUGAAAAUAUAUUUUAUAUUUUUUUUGUCUGUUAUUUAAAAGAUACAUUUUGAAGACUUAAAAUUGGGCUUCCCUGAAAACACUUAUUUAAAGUUGCCUGGUAGUACUCAGCAUCCUGUCAGUAAGUACACACAAGCAGAAUGGUCAGUAGCAGUUCAACAUGACAAAGGCCAACCGAAAUCAAAUGCUUUUUGUUGCUGUUGUUUUUGAUAUGUGGAGCAGUCACUGCCAAGACUUGCUAAAGGGCAAAGAACUGAGUUCUGCUCUUACUCCAUGAGACCACAACAUGAAGAGCUGUAAGAAGUUCUAGGGGACUUCUGAGCAUUACAAUCUAAAAGUGAAUCCGUUUGCACUUACGAACUUCUUUUUGCUUGCACAGGUCUAGCACUUGCACUCUUAACUGUCCAUUUUAUAUAUAAAAAUAAAUGCAUGGACAUUAUAACUGGAGAUCUGCAUAAAAUUUAUCUUAUAUUUGUGAGAUUGUCUAAGAUUAUUUCUGCUUUCUUAUUAGCCACAGUUAUCCCUAAACAGCAUGAGAUUCAUACAUUAGUCAGAUACGUGCUAUAACCCAAACGAUGCCAUCAACUCUGAAAAAGUGAUUCCACAAACUAGCCCACUACCUUGCCAUUCUCAUGGCAAACUGGAAGGUCAGUUCUACAAAUGCCACAUGUGAAUUAAGACUUUCCAGCUACUUUACAAGCCUAUGCACAGUACAGGCACCAUUUAAUGCUCCGUGCUUUCUAUUCUGUUAAUGGGUACAAAAGUGUAUUUCUGUAGUCAUUCUGCUGCAGACUUCUCUUGCCUGUUAUAUCGUUGGUUACAAACUAUUAAUUCCCAGUCGUCCUCAGAGCUGGGGGGGAAAAAAGUGCUCUGAAGUAUCUUAAGUCCUUCUAAUUUAAAAAGUUGUCAGUGUUUAUCAGCCUUAAAAGCUGCAUCACAACUGAAGAGUCAAGUUACAGUUUAGUCUUCCCAUCUGAACAUAAGUAUGAAGUUGGAAGAAUUCCAGCUUCUUCCCAAAUUAUCAAGAUUAGAGUUCAGGUGAAGCUGAACUACCAUCUAGAUUACAUUGAAUCUUACACAGCCUGCCAAAAUUAGCACUUCUCUGACUUAUGGAUGAGAGCAAGUUUAAAUGGGAAUGGAUUUUUGCCUUCACCAUAAAGCACCUGUCUCAAACAGGGAAGCACUGGAACUCUUUUUCACCCUUCAGUUUGCUGAUAACAAAAAUGUUCUUGCUGGAGCAGCUGUACAGUGUGUCCUUCUGUGGCAGCCUUGCUCCUAAGCACAACAGCAUUUCCAUUACUGAUCUUCAUAUUUCAUUGCUGUAACUCAUACUCAGGAACAAAGCUUCAUGUUACAAAAACUUCAGCAGUUGUAAAAAAAAAAAUCCAGCAAUCUUAUGUAUUUAGCAACAGGUCAUGGGGAGAACUUUGCCCUGGAGCUCAACUGGUUAUGCACUGAAUGUAGAGUUUGAUUUCAAAGUCUGCCCCAGCAAUCAAAGCCUUCCAUGAAACUGAAUUUAAGCUCCCGAGUGUCAUCAUUUCCCACAGCUUCUAAGUUGUACUACAGCAUACGCAACAGAAUUUUUGCAAAGGACUUCACAACUUUCUAAUAUCCUUCUACAGUGAAAGCACCAAAGCUUAUGAUCAUUCAUGAGUAAAAAAAGCCUUUCUUCCGAGCUGCCUUUUCCCAAGACUGUCAUAUACAUACACACACCAGUAUACACACAUAUGCUCAAACAUACACACGCUGAAAAAUGAAGCUACACAUCCUACAAGCUGUGGAGGAAAAGAGAUGUCUGAAUACUCUGAGGAGUGUGGAUAGUGUGGUAACAGAACACAUAGAAAUACAAAUAUGUGCAGACAUAUUUGAGGUAUGAAGUUUUACUCUUGAGAUCCCAAUAAAUCCAUUAUUUAUUUCAUUUAGUCUCAUUGCACUAAGUUUUGUUGUUUCUCGAGACUGAAGGUAUGCUGGUUUGUAAUACAUUCACUUGGUCUUGAAAAUGUAACAUUUGUCACUUUAUGAAAGCAGGAACAACCAUUUCUAUGUCCAAACAAUAAACAAUUUUCUUACAGCUUUUA